AUGAUGUUCCUCUACGCCCUCAUCCGCGGCAUCGAAGCCGCCGCCCUCGGCUUUGAUGCCGCCGACCAGUACUGGAAGGGCAUCCUUGCCGAGUCAUCCGGCAACCCUGCGGUCAUCGAGGUCGAGCUCGUCGCCGACGUCUCGCCCACGCUCUUGAAUGUGACCAGCUUCCUGGCCUGGUAUUUCUUGUACGCCGCACAGGCUUCCCCGAGCCGACUGCUCACCCCUCGCAAUCAGGAUCAAGGGAACCCGCAGCAGUGGUUUCAGAACGACACCGAGUCGGACGGCUACGUGGCACGGCAAACCUUCAUGCCCGUCUUCGCCAGCGGGACUCAGAGCUCGCCGGUGCAGCUGACGCUGCACGACGGCACCGUGUUCACCUGGGCCGUGACGGCGGCCAGCGCCGAGAGCUCUAGCCGCGGGCAGGGCGGCGUCAACCUGCACGACUACUUCUACGUGCCGUCGGCCACGCCCGCGUCCGCCCGCGAGGAGAUCCGCCGCCACCUGGCCGUGCAGUUAGGGAAUAGCCUCAAGUUUGCCUACGAGGACAUCGCCGCUGGCGCGUUAAGCCGUUUUUUUCUCAAAGCGGUAUGGAGUAUUCCAGAGCUUGAAAGUUUAUCCGCUUAUCCCCAUCUCUAG